ACAGACUGAUGGUAUCACUGAGGAAAAAAAACACUACGUGUAUAAUAAUGCUCAACAGCAUUUUAUAUUUUAAUUUGUUGUCUUUUAUUGUAUUAUUUACCUUAUUUUGAUACAUAAUAAUAUUCGUACAUUGGAAAUGGAAAGAAUCGAUGUCGCUGAUGUUUAUGAUGUUGUUUUUAACCCGUGGUACAUGAUCCGCUUUGUCAAAAAAGUUUUAAAAGCAACACGGAACGUGGCGUGCUGCGGCGCGUGCUGCUGCGCGCUGUCGCUGUUCGCGCUGCUGGCGGCGGGGCUCACGCUGCUGGCGGCCGGCACCGGCUACCUGUACGCGGACACCAAGAUGACCCUUGACGCGAACGGACUGGACCUGCAGUUGCUGCGCGACGGCAGCGGCUGGCGCAGCUGGGAGUGGCACGAGUGGUUGCAUCUCCUCUGCUACUGGAAUCUUUUUAAGCGUUCCUGCGAUUAUUACUUUUGGAAAUGUUUCGAUAAGUUUGAGACCUCUUACUGUGAUCGAUUUUUUAGCAGAUAUCCUAAUACAGAGGGGAAUCAACAUUUGAAUUGGGUAUAUAAGCCUUAUAGGCGUGCUCAGAGGCGCGUUUUCGCCCGGUUAUUUAAUUUGAAAAGCGCGCACACUCCCACGCCCCUGCAUCAAGUAUUCGAUGCUACGGGGUUCAACAUCGAGGAACUUAUAAAAAUUAUGAAAGUGUACAAAUGGGCACAAGACGCAAAAAAAAAUAGUACUGUCAAAUAUAAAGAAAGAUAUCCCACGGGCAAAGAGCCCAUCGACCCAUCGGCGGUCACAUACGAGGACUAUAACGAAUUAGACGCGAUAAACAAUAGAGAUCGCCUGACGCCGCCGCCGCCGCCGCCGCCGCUGCGCUGGCCGCAGCACUGGUCGCGGCCGCGCCGGCAGCCGCCACCGCCGCCGCCGCCGCCGCCCUGACGACGCCACCGCCGCCCCGCCGAUGCCUCCACCUUAUACAUUUUUUAUUUAGAAUGAUUAAGAUGUAUGUAUUCUUAAUAAAAUUAUUUCUAUUGUAUCUAGAACUACAAUAACAUUGUGCAAUAUAUGAAUUGUGCAAUAUGA